GUUGCUGACACGACAGACCAACACUGAGUUCUACACAGUUUAGAUCAAAAGCUAGAUCGAGAAAAUGUUUAUAGAAAAAACUUCACGAUACGUUCCACAACUUCUUCUGCUGCUAUCUUUGGUCCACACCAUUUUCAUGAGUACUCCUACUGGACUCACUCCUGCUGCCUGCCACGUUUCCCGAUACUUCACUCUAAGAAACCCUCACUCUGGACUCGUACUAGAAGGCACUUCCCCGUACGUAACAAUACAACACUACACCGGCACUGAUGCUCAACUAUGGUACCUCGAAUAUCUCGACGGGGGUCUGGUCUACAUCAUCAAUAAAAGCAACGGGAAAGUUAUCGAUGUGGAAAACUGGAAAGCGUUGGGUAAUACAAACGUACUUCUACGGGAGAAGAUUGGUCUCACUGGUAAUAUUUGCCCCGCGGACGAGCACGCCAACGCUGCUUGCCAGAAGUGGUACAUUCACUAUAAAAGUGUUAUAGUGAAUGCUUGUGCCAAAAGCGCUCUCGAAAUUCGAGAUUUUGUUUACAAUCCUGGAGCAAUUCCACGUACUUGGGGUGAACACGAUGGUGACAACCAGAUAUUUACUUUCCAAUAUGUGUGAAGGUGUUUGGUUGUACUUCGUGGUGGUUGGAUACAAAGGAUUCAUUUUUCAAAAGUGUAGAAGUUGUACAAUAUUAGUUUAUUGAAUAAACAAACUGCGUUGCAUGUUUUGCAGUGCAGCGUAU